GCCGGCGACAAGAACAUGCUCGGGGCUGCUCAUUUCAGGGUAAGUGAGGAAGGCGCAACGAGUGGGGAGCAGGGUUACUACCUUCCGCACCUGCGCAGACGUCAACAUUUCGUCACAGACGCCACCAACAGCUGCGGCAGGAAUGGCUUUCUACUGGACGGUAGAUGUCGCUGCGAUCGCCUCAACUCGGGAGAGUACUGUCAGUACGCGGACGAGUGUUGGAAUAACGAGGACUGCGGCGCACACGGACGCUGCGUUGACACGGCCGCGGCAACCUUCCCUAAGAUGCAGUGCUACUGCGAGGUCGGAUGGUUUGGCCGCUACUGCGAGAAAGAAUCGCGUAUGAGAUCCACGGAUGUAGACCUCACCAGCGCCAUCUACGAACACAAGGCCCUCAGCAAGGACUACUCCCUUUACUGGAGGAUCCUGCACGACACUGCGGAGAUAGAGAUGUACAUGACGGUAAAGAGUCAGAGCUGGGUCGCUGUGGGAUGGCGUCCCAAGGGUUUUGACUCAUCCUGCAGGAACUUUCCAUUUCUUCCCGGAACUUCAAAGCUCCAACCGCGAGCCAAGAGGCAAGCGAUCGACGAACCUCACAGACCGGGCAUGGACCUUGUCCUUCCCGGCAUGCCCAUCCCGGUAGAGGGCGCUGAGGGGGGCAGACCGCGAGAUAACAACGUCGGCAUUCUGUCGCCAGUCGCAUCGAUCAACAUCGCGCCGCAGACUACUACUACUGCACCAACCACGACAGCGGCGGCGACAACAAUGACGACAACGACAGAAGCGCUGCAGACGGGUAUUGACUACGGGCUGUUCUACGCUCCCCGUUCCAUCACCGCAUCGAGAAGCCGCAUGCACGACAUGGACUGCACGGACAUUGUCAUUGGCACGGCCCAAGGUUCGCUCAGUCGCGUGCUUGACCACUACACGAGGGACCGGUCAACGCCUCAGCCGGACAGGUUCUACGGCGGAGUGGACAGUCUGACGGCCGCCAUCGGCUGGGAGGUGGACGGUGUGACCACGGUCGGGUUCCGUAGGAGAUUGGCAGCCGAUGAGAUACAGGAUCACGCCAUCUUGCCGGGUGAGAUGCACGUCAUCUGGGCGCGUGGGCAGGAGCGCGGAAUCUUCUAUCACGAGCCGAUAGAGGGCGCUAAUCGUGAGUUCUACAAACUUGACGAGCUCAAGUACCAUGGCAGGAGCUCGCAGCAGCGCGGGGAGGACCACAUCAACUUCUUCGAUGUCGCCAGCAAGGUCGUAACCAAGGCAACCGAGCCGCUGCAGAACGCUCCCGCGCCGCAGCUGCCAGCGCCACGCUGCGGUGGAACGUUCGGCUACCCGGGAGGCUGCGACGGAGACUGCGACUACAGCGCCACCUGGACGUACGACGGCGAAACAGACGAGAUUCAUUUUGAGAUCAUGAGCACGGCAGAUGAGGAUCACUGGAUCGGUGUCGGCUUCUCCAAGGACAAGCGGAUGUCAAACUCGGACGCCGUCAUCGGCUGGAUCAACGACGACGGCAGCGCCACCAUCACUGACCGCUCGAUGAGCUACUACUCGUCGCCCGUCGUCGACAUUCACGACGACCUCUAUAACCGACGCGGCUACCGCCAGGGAAACGUGACGACGAUAGCGUUUAGCCGACGCGCCGACACGGGCGACGCUGCCGACGCCGCCUUCACCGACGACCAGUGUCUCCACCUGCUGUUCCCGUACGUGUCGGGGGUCGUGGAGAAGGAGACCGGUAUAGCGAGCUACCACCAGCAGACACCGUUCGUGUCGCCACAGCCGUUCUGCACGAGUCAGUGCAAAGUGGUGCCUCCACCCUGCUUCUGCCCGAAGAUUCUCACGCCCGUGUGCGGCACCGACGGGGAAACAUACAACAACGACUGUCUGCUGGCCUGCAAAGCAGCCGAGGAUGCCACGUCCGGUCUGAAGAUCGCUCACGACGGCGCAUGCGCAGAUCAUUAUGCUGAGCUGGAUGCAACAGCAGAAGGCCAUGCGGAACCGGAAUCAAGCGCAGAACCGGAUUCCUCUGCUGAACCGGAAUCCACUGCAGAACCAGAAUCCAGCGCAGAACCGGAAUCCACUGCUGAACCAGAAUCCACUGCAGAACCAGAAUCCAGCGCAGAACCGGAAUCCACUGCUGAACCAGAAUCCACUGCAGAACCAGAAUCCAGCGCAGAACCGGAAUCCAGUGCGGAACCGGAAUACAGUGCUGAGCCAGAGCCCAGUGUGAAACUGGAAAAUACUACCAACCCGGAAUACAGCGCUGAACCGGUAUCCACACCAGAAGGCCAUGCUGAACCGGAAUCCACACCAGAGGGUCAUGCUGAACCGGAAUCCACACCAGAGGGUCAUGCUGAACCGGAAUCCACACCAGAGGGUCAUGCUGAACCAGAAUCCACACCAGAGGGUCAUGCUGAACCGGAAUCCACACCAGAGGGCCAUGCUGAACCAGAAUCCACACCAGAGGGUCAUGCUGAACCGGAGUCCACUGCCGAACCGGAAUCCACACCAACACCGGAAUCCACACCAGAGGGUCAUGCUGAACCGGAGUCUACUGCCGAACCGGAAUCGAGCGCAGAACCGGCGCCGGCGACCUCCCCCACCCCCGCCGCCGUGGCGUGCACGUGCUUCAACCUGUACAUGCCGCUGUGCGGAAGCGACGGACAGACGUACGAGAACGAGUGCUGGCUGCUGUGCGCGCAAGAGCAGACUGGCUCCCAGAUCACCGUGGUUCACCAGGGAGCGUGCAAGACCGGCAAGGAUGACCAGAAGAAGGAUUCGUGUAUUUGCACGCAGGAGUACACGCCCGUGUGCGGUAGCAACGGUAAGACCUACACCAACAGAUGCCUGCUCGGCUGUGCGCGCAUCAUCUCUGGAAUAAACGGACUGCUGGAAGUCAGCGAAGGAGAAUGCGUGGUGGAGAAACCAGGAAAAAUUACGGAUGAAACAAUGAAAGAAGGGUGUGCAUGUCCAGAAUACUACGAUCCUCAGUGCGGUACAGAUGGCAACACCUACGACAACACCUGCUUCCUGGAAUGCUCCUCCAGACAGUCAGGAAUAAAGCUGGAGCAUGCGGGAGCCUGCGUGGAGACCUUCAUUCCAUCGUGUCUCUGUUCGGAGGACGCCGACCCGGUGUGUGGCACCGACAUGGUUUCCUACUUCAACCUGUGCGAACUCGAGUGUUCACGCGGCAUACUGGGCAAGGAAAACCUCUCCGUGGCCUUCCGCGGCAGGUGUCCUACAGAGGACACGGGCACUGAUCAGCGAUGUAAGUGCGCUAAGGAGUGGGACCCGCAGUGUGGCACCGACGCCAUCACCUACCCGAACCCCUGCGAACUGGAGUGUGCCGCCAGCCAAUCAGCUGUCGAGUUGCUCUACAGUGGCGCCUGCCAGGAGCUGCCGGACCCGUGUAUCUGCACGCUGGAGUGGGACCCGCUGUGUGGUACGGACGGUCGCACGUACGCGAACCCGUGCGAUCUGAACUGCUCGCGGUACGAGGAUCCAGGCAUGCAGGACCUGAAGGUCGCCUACGACGGAGAGUGCGUGAAAGUGGCGCCCGACGCAUGCGAGUGUCCUCGUGACUGGAACCCUCAGUGUGGCAGCGACGGUCGCACCUACAGCAACCCGUGUGAGAUCGAGUGCCUGCGACAGACACGCAAGGACAUGCAGUGGCUGGCCGUGCAACACGAAGGAGAGUGCCGAGAUGUGACGGAAGAGCCGGCCACUCCAGCGCCAUCUAUCAACGACUGCGUGUGCACGCGAGAGUUCACGCCCGUGUGUGGUACGGACCGGGUCACCUAUAGCAACGUGUGCGAGCUAGGCUGCGCCCAGAGGGAAAAACCAUUGCUCCACGUCGACUACUUUCGCGUGUGCAGUGAUACAGGGCCCGUUGUCACGGAGGUGCCUCCAGCCUGUCUGUGCACGAGCGAGUACGCUCCCGUGUGCGGCACGGACGACCUGACCUACGACAACGAAUGUCUGCUCACCUGCGGACAGCAACACAGACAGACAGGUGAAGUCAAUGUGCAGUAUCGCGGUGCCUGUGAAACGCUGAGAAAUGAAGAGGCAGAUGCAACCACCGCCCCUCCCACCCCCACCCCUAUCACUCGUCCCAUCACACCUCCCCACGACAGCUGUGAGUUUUUGCGUGGAUGUGAGCACGACAACAGCGGUUCUGUGUGCGGUGACGAUGGAAAAACCUAUGGCAGUGAAUGUUACCUCUACUGCUCUCAAUAUGACCUGGGAACAGGUGAAGUCAAGCUUCGGCAUCGUGGGGCUUGUAGCUCACUGACAACAGAGCCAGCACCUCCCACCACGACCCCUCCUACCACGCCAGAACCUGUUACACGUCCCCCAAUUACCACACCUCUAAUCGAACCCGAUAGCUGUGACUUUUUGCGUGGAUGUGAGUACGACAACAGCGGUUCAGUGUGCGGUGACGAUGGAAAGACCUAUGACAGUGAAUGCUACAUGUACUGCUCCCAAUAUGACUUGGGAACUGGUGAAGUGAAGCUGCAACAUCGCGGUGCUUGUGGAACACAUACUACGACCACGCCUCCCAUCACUCGUCCUUCCGUACGUCCCACCACACCUGCCCACGACACCUGCGAUUUCCUGCGUGGCUGUGAGCACGACAGUUCCGGACAGGUGUGCGGCGAGGACGGAAACACCUACGAGAACGAAUGCUACCUGUACUGCAAUCAGUACGACCUCGGGACAGCCCCAACGAAGUUGCUUCACCGCGGAGCGUGCGAAAGCCUCACAACAUCAACAACGGCCGCUCCCACCACGGAGACCCCUCCAAUCUCUGUCUGCCUGACCACCUGCAGUCAGGAGCAGGCGCCUGUAUGCGGCACAGAUGGCAGCACGUACAGCAACGAGUGCAUGCUCACUUGUCUCGCUGACGUUCUCGGUAAUGACGUCACCAUGCUACACCGCGGAGGCUGCGAUAUCCAACCAGAUGUCCUCGCCUCCAUCAACGACGGACAGUCCCAGAAUGCAUCGCUGCUUCCUGUCGAACUCGCAAAUCCAAAUGAGGCAGUAACGCAUUAUCGCAAGUCAUCUACGUCAUCUGAUACUGAACCAAUGGAAAACGCCGCCCCAGUGACGUCACCAGCUGCCCUUCCCGAUAACAGCACAAAUAUGAAAGAAACAAAUGAACGUACAAUGUUCCCAGCGUCUGCCGAUCACAACGCCACCGCAAUUACUAAUGAUCCCAUGACAACUACGCAAGAACAGUUGACAUCAUCACAGACAACUACGCGCAGUGAUGUAACAGAAAUGGCGGCCACUGAGACAUCUGUGACGUCAUUGGCUGACGCCACGAAUCACACUGAACUUGAAAUGAUGGCGGCAGACACCGUGAAUACGACAAAUGAUAUGUCACUAAAUGAGGAAUUCACCACGACCACAACAGCCACUGACACCAACGCCACCGCGACAUCGUCCAGUCAAGUCUCUGCUCAAUCUACCCUUGCCAUGACCGAUGACCCCACGGGAAGUAUAACAGCAAUGAUUAAAAACGAAACAAUGGUUACUAUGUCAUCUUCUACGUCUCCAAAUGAAGAGUUUGGUAACACUGCGACUGAAAUAGUUGACACCGACGUCAACAUGACGUCAGUAAGUCAUAUUCCGGUUCAAACCACGCUCGCAAUGGCCGACGAACCUACGGUCACCAUGGCAACGGUGACGUCGUGGAGUCACGGCAACAUGGCCGCUACCGAAAUUACGGAGAAUCUUUCUGUGAACGAUGACCUUGGAUCGUCGACGGAUCGUGCAUCUACGGAGACACAUGUGUCGGCAGCGACAACAGCCGGCGAAGCAGAUUACGACUACACGAACCUCGGUCUCUACCCGUGUCUGUCGAAUCCCUGUCAGAACGGUGGCUGUUGCCAGGCACAGAUACAGGUCGCAUCGCUAAAUAUUCCCUAUCGCUGCAUCUGCAUUGUUGGCUACGAGGGAGUGAACUGCGAGACACAACCUGAGACAUCUGCCGAACCUGAGACAUCUGCCGAACCUGAGACAUCAGCAGAACCUGAGACAACAGCAGAGCCUGAGACAACAGCAGAGCCUGAGACAACAGUAGAACCUGAAACAUCAGCCGAACCUGAUACAACAGCAGAACCUGAGACAACAGCAGCACCUGAGACAACGGCAGAACCUGAAACAACAGCAGAACCUGAGACAACAGUUGAGCCCCUGGUCACAUUCCGAGCAGAGACAGCUUACAAGCAGCCAGUUCCAACGCUGACUGCCACUGACGUCACCACCGCUGCUAGAGCCACUUUGCCUGGUGACACCGGCAGCUGGAGAUGGCCGCUAGGUUGCGCCACCGACGACUGCACGUACGUGGUCACGUGGGCGUACAAUGGCGCCACACGUGACGUCGACUUCGACAUCGACGCGCGGGUGCCGCCGGAAUACUACACGGGAAUCGGCUUCUCGCUCGAUGAGCACAUGGCGGAGACGGUGACGGUCGUUGGCUGGGUGGACGAGUCCGGUCAGCCUGUAUUCCAACACAGACGCAUCCACCAGAAGGGCGACGACUGGACCUCGUUUCCCUACGACAUGCGUCGCGUGUCGGUGGCCGCCGACGACGGCGCCACCAGGGUGCGUUUCUCGCAGUCGUGCGACGCCGAGCACGCCGACGACGUUUCGUUCGCGCGCCACUGCUGGCGAUUUUUCUACCCGUACAGUGGCGGCCCCUACAACGGCACCGAGAUCGGUUACCACGACGAGACGCCGUUCGUGACGUCAGAGCCCGUCUGCGUACCGUCGUGCGGUGACUUCGGUGAAUACAGGUACCCGGCCGGUUGCGUCGACGACUGCGACUACAGCGCCACGUGGCAGUACAACCCGGACAUCGAUGGCGUUGACUUCAACAUCGCUGCGCAGACAAACGGGGAACGAUGGACUGGCAUCGGUUUCUCCACGGACAGGACGAUGGACAACUCUGACGCCGUUCUCGGCUGGGUGAACCCAGAGGGCGCCACGCGUCUCUUCGACGCCUACAUGAGCUACAAGGGCAACCCGUGGGUCGACCACCAGCAGGACGUCGACGGAGCAGCGACGUACGCCGACGGACAGGUGGCGCUGCGGUUCUCGCGCGCCUGCGACACAGGUGACACCACUGAGGACGUGUCGUUUGCCGACGACUGCUACUACUUCUUGUUCCCGCGCCGUGGCGGCGGUUUCCGUGGCGACACCCUGGCCAUACACGAGCAAACCCCGAUGGUGUCCGAGCAGAAGAUCUGCAUCCCGUCCUGCAGAGCAGUUGUCAAGACAACGCCCGCCGUGCUGCUUCCGAUUGUUGUCAACUCGACGAUCAGCUCUGUGUUCACGCUGCCGUCAGCUGUCAACAUCACGACAACGCAGAAGACAGUGGUCGUGGAGAGCACGAGUCAGGUAGCAAGGGUUCCCCCGUCGCUGCGCGAGUUUGCUGUGGGAGUGAAGCUGCAACUGGAGGAGUAUCCGUGGAGCGAGAAGCUUCUCAAUCCACAAACACCCGAAUACAUGGACCUGAGUGGAUACAUCGAGAACCAGAUGAUGGAAACGCUGCAAUCGGUGGAGGGAAUUCAGAACGUACGCGUCAGAGAGUUCAGUCGCUCGGAGAAGAACCCUGGAUUCGUCGUCGCCAGCAGCGAGGUGAUGCUGGUGCCACCUGGUGACGACGCGGAGAACGACGUGCUCGUCGACGAUGUGACUGUCGUCAAGCAGGAGAAGCUCAGGGAGAUCAAUGAGACGCUGUGGCAGGAGGCGACGAACACCGGUAGCAUUGGCAACAUGCGCGUCGACAUGCAGACGCUCCAGCUGAAGCUACUCAGCAGCAGUGACUUGAUGGCACCGACCACGCCCGUGCCUUCCGCUCCCAAAAAGGAUAAGAGUAUGAUGGACAGCCUCACCGACGAGGAGAAGAAGACUAUCGGCAUCGUCGUCGCCUGCAUCGUCGUCGCCAUCUUCUUCGCUCUCGUCGGCGUUUGCAGCUACAUGCGCAACCGCCGCCGACAGACCGCGCACAUACUCAAAAUGAAGAACGAGGUACUGGGUAAGGACGCCGUCAUAGACAUGUACCCGUUCGAGAACAAGGGCUUCGUUGCGGACGAGUCCGUCAGUCCGUCGACGUCCGUGGCGGUGGCGACGACGACGACGACGACGGCUGCUGCUCCUGUCGCCGCUGCUCCUGUUGCCGUGGUAGCGGCACCCGCCAAUGGUCACGCCAACGGCAAGGCGAACGACGGCGCACCGAUGGCGACGACGAAGCUGAACGCGCCGGUGGCGCCCCCUAGAGCCAAGCCGGUGGCGAUAGCCGUGGAGCCGAGCGACAACAUGAGCGAUAGCGACGGGAGCUUCAGCUCCCGUGGUGCUGUCAGCUCGUCCGAUGAAGGCAAGGGAGCCUCGAUAGAAGGAAGUCACGACCCAGGCACAGACUACGUGACAACAAUCAACAUCAACCCAGAUCCGGAAGAUGGCGCUUACGAGGCAGCUAGCACGAUGCGCGUCGAAGACAAGUGAACGCCGCGUGUGCGACAGUAGCGCCAUCCGUGUAAAUGUCGAAAAAGAGAGCUAUGCGUGUGGGUUUUUUUGGUACGAUGAAUCUAUUUUUUACCCCCCGGAGGGCGAGGGAGCGACCUCCCCCUCUUUUUAUAUCGCCUUUGCUAUUAUUUAUAUUAGGAAUUUACAUUCGUAUUACUACGUUUUGUCAUGUACAGUAGUAGGCUACGCUGGGGGUAGGAAGGAUAGUAGCUAAUGGGGUGACACACGGUGUAGUAGUUCUUUACCUUUUUUUCUUUCGCGCUCAAGUUGAAAACUGUCAGUGACGUUUUGUGACAGAAAUAAUUAUUACUGUGGGAAUCAGAGAAGCAACAGUAUUGUUACCAAUGCGUUUGAACAACGACGAUGUACACAUCACAUACGUAAAAUGGAAAAAAUACAUGUUAAUAAGUCAAUAAAUGUUAUAUAUUAUGUGACAUGAAAAUUAUUUGGCUUCUCACAGCGUGCGAAUUAAACGUAAUAAAUGAUAUUUUUAUAGCGAGAACCAACUAUAACAAAAUACUUUCAUACGCGUGUGUACGGGGUGCGCGUGUGCACAGUGUGUGUUUUUAACAUGAAUGUAAGCGGAUGUGGGAAAAAGGAUGUUAAUUCUUGAACACCCCUUAAUCGUUUGUUCUAUUUCGUCCCAACCUCACAGCAUCGGGGUUAAAUAGAUAUACUAUAUGUGUACUAUAUGUAGGCCUACUAUGUGUACUUUAUGUACUAUAUAUCGCGUGUUUACUAUAAUACUACAACGCCUAUAUACUAUAUAUAAUACACGUACUAUGUGCACUAUACGUACACGAUGUACUAUAUCUGCACACGCACACCGGCGUUUCCUGCGCAUUGUUCUCUACUCGGUGAUGACGUAACUAGUAACCCUUGACCCCUAGGUUUUUUGUUUAUUAGAAUGUGGAUUGACGGUGGGGUAGUGUGUGUGUGAGGACGGGGGAGGAAGGGGGUGACGGAGGAGUCACGGGUGCAGAGAGAGGGUAGAUAGAGAGAGUGCUCCAGCGCGUGGUGCACGCAUCAGCGUGCCUUAAUUAGCGACUAUAAAUUAGUUUAAGCACACACGUACAAUGUUGUGGGGGCUUAUUCGGCGUAUGCCUACGGAAAAUUCGCGUUUCUGCUUCCUCCCUCCUCUCACGCAGCCACCCACGCACCUCCCCGCCUCUUUCCGCAUUAUUUCUUUUGUUUUUACGAUGUCAAAAUAUUAUGUGUAUAUGACGAUGAUGAUAUGAUGAUGAUGAUGAUGAUGACGAUUAUGAUGAUGAUGAUUAUGAUGAUGAUGAUGAUGAUGAUGAUGAUGAUGAUGACGUUAAGUGUGUAUAUGGCGGAUAUUACUUGACCUAAAAUCGCAAUAUUGACCUUGACUUGACCCCCAAUAAUUGUCGGCUUAGCGAAAGAGGUUUUUAGAGAGCAUAGAUAUCCUAAAAUGCAUAUAUAUAUAUAUAUAUUGUAUCAAGAGCGUAUAAAGAAGAUAUAUUAUCUUACCUUCUUUAUACGCUCUUGAUUGUAUGUGUGUCUGCAUGUAUAGAUAGAUAUCUAUGCUCAAGACAACCGCCAAUGUGACGGUAGUUGCGGAUGGCUGCCACUAGGUGGAGACACCGGGUGUGGCAGAGGGUCGCGCGUUUGUGUUGUGUGUGUACAUAUUAUGUUGGAGCCGUCUUUGAAAUUGAUGAAUAAAAUCAGGUCGUUAUGAAGGUCGCAAAUAA